AUGAGCUCACAUAGCAAGACGCUUCGUCAUGAAGACGACGAUAAGACAUCUCUACAUUCGCGAGCAUCAGGAUCGAGUUCAACAUCUUACCCCGAAGGAACUGAGACUUCAACACUCCGCUACUGCCAAGAACCCUGGGAUGUCUACCGCCCAAGGGUCGAAAAGCUAUGCCGCACGUUAUGGCCCCCUCAGCAAGGUCUCAUGAGCCGUGUGGCAAACAGUCGAAUUCUAACAUGGGCACGAACAAUCAAAUUCGCUGACGCCAUCCUACCCGGCAAGCACGAGCCGGUGAUUGAGCGAAUGUGUGGCGGCGAUUACAAUCGUAUUACAGGAAUUACUCUACCACGGCACCCAAACUUGCCAUGCGACCGACUGAUCCUCCGCAAACCACGUGAACCCAAUUUUGGUCAUCCAGAUCGAGAUGAGGCACUCCUAAACUUUCUGAGGGAGAAGUCUUCGAUACCAGUCGUACAGAGCAUUGCACAUGACUUCAGCUCAGACAAUCCACUCGAGAGUCCAUAUGUCAUACAGAAGAGAAUUCCUGGAGAGAGCCUUGAGCAGAUGUGGCCGUCACUGAAUCAGGAACAGCGCUCUACCAUUGCAUGUGAAGUUGGCGCGAUGUUUCGAACGCUGUUUACCCUUCAGAGUCCCGUGACAGGCAUUGCAGAUGUGCCAUCAUCAGACGAAACAGGAUCACUGAACGUCAUCGCUUUCGAGCUCAUGGAUGGAUGCGGCGGAUUAAUCAAAGACCCUGGUCGAACAGACCUGAUGAAGCUCAGAGAAUCGCCAAAUUACAAAGAGUCAACCCGAUCCUUCUUUGAGACCCAGAUUGCUCGAUGGCGAGCACAUGAUGUUCGUAGAAAUUUGAGCGAAGAGGCUCCAAGCGUCCAGCUUUGGGACAAAAUGCUCGAUAUUGUGCGUGAGAUGGAUACCGCGAACAUCUUCUUACAAGAUAGCAACUGUCUUUGUCAUACUGACCUGGAGCCAAGGAACAUUAUGGCUGAAACAAAAUCAGACGGCUCGAUCAAGAUCACGGCAAUUCUGGACUGGGAUGAAGCGGUUGUUGCUCCAAAUUUUGUCAAUUGUAAGCCUCCACUUUGGCUAUGGAGGCACGAGACUUCCGAAGACACCGAUGAGGAUAUAGACCUGUGGCCAUUAGAAUCUGCGCGCGGAGGCGAGGUGCCCGAUACGGAAGACAACAGACAGCUCAAACAAGUUUUCGAGGAAUCUGCAGGGCCUGAAUAUGUGCGCAUGGCUUACGAUCAGAAGUAUCGGCUGUGUAGAGGGUUGUUCGCACUGGCUACGCGCGGGCUUACCUGUAGCGACACAUGGAAGGCGGCUGACGCAAUCCUGGCCGAGUGGAAAGUCCUUCGUGAGAGCUUAAUCGCAAAAUCCUAG